CUUCAAGUUCGAUGUAGCUAGAGAGAUGGAGCAGAAGCAGCUUUGGGCGAGUGGAGUAGGAGGUCCUGCCAUGUAAGUAAUUAGCUCGCAACGGAUAAUAAUGAUAUGUAGUCAUCCAACUGAUGCGAUGUAUAGAUCUCCGCUUAUGCAAACAGAAAGGCCGCAGAUGGAUCAAUCUGGGCGUCCCCCCUGGGAUAGCACGCAGGAGCUGGAGGACUUCAAUCUCGCAGCCGAAGAUCUAGACAGAGGCGUUGACUGUGAGGCAUCCAUCAGUCAUCAGAACGAGACGCCUCGUCAGCCUGCGUGUCCGGUAGAGGACUCUUUGAUGAACAUACCAAGAUCUGAGAUAUCCGAUCUCUCCCCAGACAUCAUGACUGAAGACAAAAAUGGUCUACUAUCACCGACUCACGAAGCUCAUGAAACAAGUGCGGCGCAGAAACCCACAAUGAUCACGACACUCACACAUGACGCCUCCUCCUCCUAUGGUGAUCACCAUAAUACUGCUCUCGUCGAUCAUGCGCAGGUUCAUCAGUGUGGCGAGAGCGAGCUUGACGGGGCUGGUCUGGGCAAUGACUGGACAGCACGAAUCUCAGCCAGUCGAAAUCGCCAAGAACAGCAAUGCGGCGAUUAGGGUUGACGAUUUGCUAUC